AUGACAGGAGACACUGAAGGAUGGGUGGGGGUCCUGGCAGGGCUCAUUGCAGUGUACACAGGUGGAGCUGGAGGGUCAGGCCACAGGAAGGCCGGGGGGAUUACAUGCCCCCACUGCACACGCUCUCACACCUCUCAAGAGCUACAGUAUGUGCAGGAGAGAUGUGGAGAGUUUUCACACAGGGCGCUGGAGGUGGGGAUGCCUGGACAGGAUGCACGGCCCUGGAGGAAUGUGAGCAGCGGCGGUGGCACGUCUGCUAAAAGCCGUGGACUGAAGGUUCUCAGAUCGUCCGGUCUGCGCCGCAUUAGCCCCAGUGUGUGUUGUUUGUCUCCGGUAACCGCGGCAACGGGCCUGCUGGGCGUCCCGGCCGCAGUCAUCUGA